CGCGCAUGUUCGUAAAAACGCGAUUUGUUAGGAAACAAACCGAAAGACUUAAAAACGACCCCCAUGCCGGGCCCACCGAGUCAAACCCUAACCCUAAUUCCCAAAUCCCACGCCAGCACGAAGAAGAGGAAAGGAGACAAAGCAAACGUUGAAAUCGGGAUUUCAAAACCCUAGAAUUAGGGUUUCCAGGGUUUGGGGAUGGAAGGUGGCGGUGGUGGUGGUGGUGGUGGGGGUGGGACUGACGUGGAACUGGUUUGCAAGACGCUGCAGGUGGAACACAAGCUCUUCUACUUUGAUCUGAAGGAGAAUCCACGUGGACGGUAUCUGAAGAUCUCGGAGAAGACGUCGGCGACGCGGUCCACCAUCAUCGUCCCUGUCAGUGGCAUCGUUUGGUUCCUCGACCUCUUCAAUUACUACGUCAACACUGACGAUCACGAUCUCUUCAGCAAGGAGCUGCAGCUCGACACUAAGGUAUUUUACUUUGACAUCGGGGAGAAUAAGAGGGGGCGGUUUUUAAAGGUGUCGGAAGCAUCCGUUAGCAGAAAUCGCAGUACAAUCAUUGUUCCUGCAGGAAGCUCCCGUGAUGAAGGGUGGGCAGCAUUCAGGAACAUUUUGGCGGAGAUGAAUGAAGCUUCGCAGCUCCUCAUCCUACCAAAUCAGCAGAAUUCAGAAUCUUCCGAACGACUUGCAGGGCUUUCUGAUGAUGUGGGUGCUGGGUUCAUAUCAGGCCAUAGUACUCAGCCUGCCUCGGCAUCCGAGUUGAAUGUCGACAGAUCAGCCGAUUUACCCCAACAGGAUGAAAUUGGAAGCUUGGGGGUUUCCAAAGUAAUCAGAGCUGAUCAAAAGAGGUUCUUCUUUGAUCUGGGUAGCAACAGCAGGGGCCAUUUCUUGAGGAUCUCUGAGGUGGCCGGGGCAGAUCGCUCAUCUAUCAUUCUUCCCCUGUCUGGGCUGAAGCAGUUCCAUGAAAUGGUAGGUCAUUUCGUGGAGAUCACGAAAGAUCGAAUUGAAGGAAUGACGGGUGUGAGCGUCCGGACAGUGGAGCCCUCACAGAGAUGAACUUAGUGGAUUGUGUUUUAGUAAGUAACAAGCGUUUGCAUUUGCUAGAUUUGUAGGUAUCCCGUUUGAGUAGAGGGUGCUUUUGUGCAGAGCAUGUUGUCAUCCUGUUAUUUUUCUUCUCGUCUGAUAGAAAUAAUCUCUUCUCUCUAUUCGAUAACCGGAUAAGUCGGGGGAAAGUUUGCCAAGCUUUCUUCUGAUUGAGUAAUAACGAAGAACAGAGAAAUCCUGUAAUUCUUGCAUCCGUUGGUAUAAAAAAGAUUGGCACCCAAAUUACCUGUGA